AUGGUGCCCAGCACAGAGUCUUCUACCGUGGGCGAUGGCUGCGCACCCACCCGCGGUGGCAUCUUGAUGGCUGUUCCCUCCAGGGAAGGGAGGAGGUCGGGCGGUGCAGUUCCCAGAAGGGACGCAUGGUGGCGCCCCGGCGCAGCGCUCGGAUCCGCGUCCGGCCCCCAGCCGUGUGGACGACGCCUCCCCGCCCCUCCGAGGGUCCGGAGGUCCGGAGUGCGAGGGAUUCGAGGCGACGCCAGCAAGCCCAGCCUCUCGGAGGAGGGGUCAGGGCGAGAGGGUGUGACGCUGGCCGCCCCGCCGCGGUCAGACGCGGGUGGUCUGGAGCCUCCAGACGGCGGCAGCGACCUUCCUUUCCCGGCUCCUGGCCUCUCUGUCAACCUGGACAAGGUGAGCAACCGAGGCAGGGGCCAGCUCGUCCCAGUCACCAAGGAGGGCAGGGGGAGCUGGCAUGGGACCCCGGCCCCUCUGACGUCACGCCCCACCAGCCUCGGUCCUGCCCAUGGCAGUGGGCAAGGCUGCAGGCAGCUGCGGGGCUGGACCCCCUGCCUCAAGCCCGAUGCCUGGGGGGCGGGUGGCUAUGUGUCUGGCGGGAGGUGCGUGACUCUCCAAGCUCAGCAGUGCCGCACCCGCGGCUUCCCCAUGGGGCGAGAGCAGGAAGCAGUUUCUGCCGUGGACCCUCCCGGCUGUCAUCUGGGCCAUGGAGCUGACCCACCCCCGGCUGCCGUUGGACCCUGGGUGGGCGCAGGGUGCGGGAUCCUGGAACCGUGUGCAAACAAGUGUGUGUAA